UGAUGUGGGAUAGAUAGAUAGGACAAGAUUAGUCAGUGGACAAAUAUGCUUACUUGCUUAGCUUGCUCACUCACUUAUUCAUUCAUUAAAUUACCGUGUGACUGCAACUACUAUUACAUACUCUACUUUUGUUCCUAUAUCUAUUCUGUGGAGUAGUAUACCUUAUCUCCUGAGGCAUUCAUUCGCUGAGAAAAACAAAGAUGGGGUGCGCCUCCUCAAAGGGUAUCGACCCCGCCAACGCAGGCGUAUACCGUCCAGCACCGACGAGCUUCGCUGUUUUCGACAUUAACGCCAUAGAGGAGCCAUGGCUCAAGCACCUCAACAACACUCCCCAAAUCCAUCAGGACGAGAAGCCCAUCCACACCCACGUGCCCGCCCCUAUUCUCCACAAGCUCAACAUGCUUGAUUCAACCGAAGCUCCCCAAUCAUGGGACGAAGUUAGCAAAGCCCUCCAAGACCUCAACAAGCCCUUACAACCGCCCGAGGAACCGCCACAAAAACUAAAUCCACAUCCACAGCCCCGCAAAACCAUGUCGUUUCACACACUGGAAGAAUUAGACGCCAAGUUAAACCCCAAACCCAAGCCAGAGUUGACCAAAGCUGCCACCACCAACUGGAAGUUGAACAAAAAGGAGUUCAAUAAACAACCACCGCCUGCACCAAUAAGAACAUCUGGAAAGGAAGAGGAAGCGGAAGAAGGAGGGGUGAGAAUCAAACCGGUGAAAGACAACAUCUUCAUAGUGAGGGACAGGAUGGAGAGGCAAAAGGAAGAAAAGGAAUCAGCGUACGAGAAGAUAAGUCGGGACCCGCUGAGUUCGUUCCCGGAGAAGUGCCCGCCGGGGGGAGAGGAGGCGGUGGUGCUUUACACAACGUCUCUGGGGGGAGUUCGGAAGACGUACGAGGAGUGCAACAGAGCGAGGGAGGUUCUGGAAGGGCAGAGGGUGGUAAUCGACGAGAGGGACGUGUCACUGCACGGUGAAUUCCUUCGGGAGCUGAAGGAGGUGCUGCCGGAAGAGGAGCAGGUUCGGCUGCCCCGGGUGUUCGUGAAGGGAAGGUACGUGGGUGGGUUGAGCGAGUUGGUGGAGCUGCAAGAGACGGGUCGACUCAGAAGGAUUCUGAAUGCGAGUGGUGUCGAGAGAGGCCUUGGUAGGCAGGCGUGUGGAGGGUGUGGUGGAGCCAGGUUUGUUCCUUGUUUGGAUUGUGGUGGCAGCUGCAAGCUUCCUUCCAAGGAAAGGUGCCCUAAUUGCAACGAAAAUGGCUUAGUCCAUUGCCCUGCUUGUCUUUCUCUUUGAUUCUGUCUUCGUAAAUAAUACAUCUUUCGUUAUGCUUUUUGCCUUUUUGGAAUGUGGAAUUGUCGCUACAAUGAACCUAAGCACCUCAACAACACUCCCCCGCCCCCUUGUUGCUUGCUUGCUUGUUAAAUUAAGAAAAAAAAAAAAUUAUCAUGUUCAAUGGUUGGGGCCAAUGACCUCUUC